AUGGAUCAGAGUAGUGGGCGUUUCGAAAAUGAUAGGCCACAAAGGGCGAAAGAGCUACACAGAGAUGAGCCAUCAGCCGACGUUCCGGAUAAUAAAGCAUUUCCAACAAAUGCAGUGGGUGAAUCAGUAGUCGAUAAGACAUUGCAUUCCAGUAUGUCACGACCCAAAACAUUUCCUGGAAAUCAUGUUGAUUCGGAAAAUAAAGUGGUAGAUCACCGGAGUAGUGCCUGUGGUUCGUGUGGAUCUUCGAAUGACGUUGAUAGUAACAGUCAGGAAGUGAACAGUCAUGUCCGAUCAGAAGACAACAGCAACGAGAUGCGAGGCAAGCUGGUAACGAAAACGUUGCCUACUGGUCAAGUCGUCAACCUGAUGUCACAAUUAAACCACGAACACAGUACCCUUUUCGGAGUGGAUAGCGAGGAACAAGACAACCAAUCUACUACCCAAGUUCUGGCUAAUCGCCCAUUUCAGCGAUCCUCUCAAGCUCUCAGAAAUGACACAGAUUGUAUCAAAAGAGUUCGUCGAGAAAUGACGAAGAUUUUGUUGAAAAUGGAUGAAACUGUUCCAGUUGCCAGUUCAAUCGAUGAUUUCCUUUGCGAAUGUUCUGUUAUCUUGAGAAAUCGCUGGCGAGCUCGGGACAAAUUUUCUGAGAUUGCGUUUCAGGGCUUACUUUUGGUGCUCGAAUUUUGCUUAGCUUAUACGAAAUCAUAUGAUCCUAUGUUUGAUUAUUUUUUAUCAAGUUUGGGCUACAAUUCAGUUGCAUUCUGGCGUCUUGCAGUCCCUUUGAUAUAUGACUCGGAUUUAUCAGCUGGUACCCAUUAUCGUGAUGCUUUAUUGUUCGCCCUGGCACUUUACGACGUCAACAACAGCAAAAGCCGUUUACGAGAAUUAUAUGCAGCUGUUCCUGGUGUUCGACAAAGUAUGCUUGGAAUCCAUGCCAAACGUUUCGGUGAAAAAUAUCGCCAUUUGCAGAUGAUGCGAAGCCGAGCAAGUUCGCGAAGGUCCAGCAUUCAAGGGUCCAUUGAAAAUUUGGAUUUAUCAGAGCUUGAAUUUGAUGAACCGGUUGAAAAUGAUGCACACGCUGGAGGUGGGUUAACCGAUAUUUCUCAUCACAAGCAACGUGUAAUCAAUGUUUCAAAUGCACCACCGGUAUCAAUAAAACGUAAACUAAGUGGUAGCUGGGAGAUUCAACAAGGAAGUGGUGGAUUGGUAGCCUGUGUUGAUCCAGUAAUGAGUGUGGAUAAAGAAAAUAUGUGGCUUGCGAAUAUUGGGAUGAAUUUACAGGGAGCUGCUAGACGAAUUUCCGAAGAUCAUGCAUCGCCCUCUACUAAUUCACUUGGAUUACCACUUCUUCGACAGGCUAAUGCCGGGGAAAUUUUUCACGUUUUGGGUGACGACUCGAAACCGAAUACAUUAACAGAAAAUGAGCGAGAUGUAGAACGAGAGAUGUCAUUACUGUCGGUGCUGCAUGAUUACAAUAAAUCAAACUAUCAGUUAAAUCCAGUAAUUGUAAAUCAAGAAGAUUAUAACACGUACUAUGGUGGUAUCAGCAAUGGUCUGCUCUGGCCUGUACUGCACAAUUUACCGGAAUAUAUUGUUAAAGAUUACGAUGAUGAACAGGUACUUCGAGAACAUUGGUGCGCUUAUGUGAGAGUUAAUUAUCAAUUUGGAAUUAAUGCCGUCAGAAAUAGCAGACCACAGGAUUUUAUCUGGAUUCACGACUAUCAUCUAAUGCUUACAGGACAAAUGAUGAGAAGUCUAGAUAGUAAUCUAGAGGUCGGUUUUUUCCUGCAUAUCCCGUUCCAACCUCCAGACAACUGGAUGACGAAAUAUCGUAUCGUUGCAGAACCAAUAAUGCGAGCUUUACUUCGAUUCACAAAAGUUGGUUUUCAAACUCAUCGAGACCGUCAGAAAUAUGUAGAACUGGUGAAAAAACAUAUAUCACGUGCCCGGAUUCAGUAUGAAAGUACAGUUGACAUAUUUACCGUCACUCAUGAAAAUUUCACUUGUUCCUUGGGCGUUUUCCCUGUAUCAAUCAAAAACGAAGAUUUUUUGAAUAUUGUAAAAAAUCCAGCAACCACAAAGCUUGCAACCGAAAUACGAAAAAAGUUGCUUUCUGCUGGAUCCGACAAAGGUUGCAUUUUUUUUUCUGUGGAACGAUUCGAUUAUACGAAAGGUAUCGCUGAUAAGCUUAAGGCUUGGAAACGGUAUUUUGAGAAAUAUCCAGAACGUAUUGGACUGGAUCUUUUAUAUCAAGUAGCGGUGACUAAUCGACGAUCUGUUGAAUCGUAUCGGGUCUAUCAAGAUAACUGUUUGAAAAUCGUUGAUGAUGUGAAUGCGGCAUUUAUUUGUAAAAAGUUUCCUACUUGGAAACCGAUAAAAUUUAAUAUGGAUGGUUUACCGCGAGCUAAAUUGGUAGCUCAUUAUUUGGCAAUGGAUGUAGGCGUCGUAACACCGAUUAAAGAUGGCAUGAAUUUGGUGGCAAAAGAAAUGCUAAUUUGUAAUCCUGCAGCUGCACUUAUACUUUCUUCUGGAGCAGGAACUGAAGUACAGUUGGGCAAUGCUGGUUUUUAUGCUCAGGACAAACAGUGUUACUACCGGGUCGAAGAUGUUACUGAUACCGAGACAUUUGCGGAUUGCUUUUACAAAGCUGCAACAGAAUCUCUUGAAGUAAGACGUGGUCACGGGAUUCUUUUAAACCAGUAUUUGAUGAGUCAUGAUAUCGAUGAAUGGAGUACAGCUUUCUUAGAUCCCUCAUGGACUCAUGAAGUAAUUAGACUUACUGAGGUAAAACUGCUGGCCGAUUUUUAUCAACUUAUGGAUAAGACUUGUCAAGUGCGUCGACAAAUUGCUGAACGAGUUCUGAAAGGGAUUGCAAUUCGAGCGCACUUCUCCGUUUCAUUGGAAAAUGCAAAGGCAUCACUUGAAAACUCAUGUGUUCAUCAUACACACACUCUGAUUUUGGAGACUGCAGCAGCAGGCGAUGAUUCGGAUGAGGGUGGCCAACAUAUGACUGCAAAAUUUGAUAUAACAAACGAAUUGGCUGAAUUAGAAAAUGAUCUUGAGUUCCUCAGAUUUAUUCAAAGUGAUGAAAUCAAUAAUGUGGAGCAGUUUGUUAUGACUCUUGCAAGUUAUCAUCCUUCUGGACAAACUGCUUUCGUUGAUGAAGUUAAUAAGGCUUUUGCCUUAUUAACUGAAGGUGAUCAUUUUCAACAUUUUUUCACCGAUCGUGAUGGUACUCUGAAAUCGUAUUCGUGUUCUUACCCAGCCAGCAUUCAACCAGCAUACUCUGCCGUCAUCCAAGCACAAUUUGCUCGACGUUGUGCUCAGUUUUGCGCAAUUGUUACCACAUCACCGUUGAUGCAUAUUGGUGUUUUGAAUGUCAGCACAAUGCCAGAAGGCUAUUAUGCAUAUGGCGCCUCUGCUGGUCGUGAAUGGUAUUUAAAUCCAUCGCUGCAGUUCAAAGAUGAUAGUGUUAAUGACGCAGACCUGGCUUUAUUGACGAGUGUCUUUGAAAGACUGGAAGAAUUACUUGAACAACCGGAAUAUCGUAACUUCACGUGGAUUGGUUCCGGCUUACAGAGACAUUAUGGACAUAUUACGAUCGCUCGGCAAGAUGUCAACUAUUCAGUUCCUAAGCAUCGUUCAUCUCUUUUGUAUCAAGCAGUAUGUAAAAUAGUGAACGAAGUAGAUCCUAUGGCUACAACUUUAACAUUACGAGAGGGUGAAUUCGAUUUGAAGAUAUUCACGAAAGUAGCACUGUCGGAAGUGAAUAGUGCGACGGCAAAGAUUUCUGGUCGUAUUUUUAAUAAGGGUCAUGGGAUUCGUUUGAUCAAAUCAAAAAUGGGGUUGAAACUAAACUGUGGUAAAAUUUUGGUAUGUGGUGACUCUGAAACCGAUUUACCGAUGCUUGAGGAAUGUUUGCUUUGUUCGCCAGCGAAUGUUUACACAAUUUGGGUCACAACAAAUCCUCAGUUGCAAGAAAAAGUGCGCUCACUCUGCGGAAUCUAUGAAAACGACCACUAUGUUUUCGUUUCUUGUCCAGAAGUUUUACUUGGUGCGAUGGCAAAUGCAACCGUACGUGAAAUUACAAUUCGGCCACAGGGAGAUGAUGAUGAAGAUGAGGAGUAA